CCUACAGCUCACCAGUGCCUGUGUGUCUGCCAUAUCAUUAACCAUGAGAGUAUUGCAGAACGUUGUAUGUGGCGUUUGAAUGCAAUGACAGAAUGGAGGAGGUCUUUUAGUUUUGCUUUCUCAAUGUGUAUAAUUUCAUCGAAUUCAUUUCUAGAUCAAUUAAUUUCCUUGAGGUAGCUAUUGUAUGUUUCCUUCUGUCUUUUAAGCUGGUAUGUUGGUUGGAAGAAUGAGAAAUGUUGGGGCUUGGUCCGUAAAUGGACCUGAUUUUAAACGGUUUUAUAUUUUUAUCUUAUCAAUUUCAAAACAUGUGAGAUGCCCUGUCUGUUGUCUGCCCUGUGCUGCCAGUCGGUCGCGCGCAUGAGCCGUGUGUUUUCAAGCGGAGGUUCCCUCUGUGCUUCGAUGUUGGUCAGUGGAGGUUGGUUGGUUCUCUGACGCCUAUUGUUUUUACUGUCGGGGAAACCAAAAAGAGGAAUUCUUCUGCAAUUCAGCCUGAGAAAAAAACGACACACCGGCGUGGCUGCUCCGGUGUUUCGCGUUGUGGUAGGACGUCGCAGAAACCGUGGCUCUCGAGGACUUUUCGGGAGAAAACCUGAACGGAAGAUACCCAUUGGCGGUAUGAUAAAAUCGCAAGGAAGCCGCGAGCUGGGUCCGGUAGCUCGCUGAUAAACAGAGCCGGAACAUCUUGGACAUUAGGGGAGACCGCAGUGUUGAAGCACCGACGGCCCGAAGUUCGGGCUUAAAGCGCGCUCGAUCAUGGCUUGGUGCGACGGGAGGUGUACGCUUAUUGUGAUAUGCAUUCUGCAGCUGAUGGUUGCACUACAGAGACAGGUCAUAGAUUUCCUUGGCUACCAGUGGGCUCCCAUCCUGGCAAACUUCCUGCACAUCAUGGCCGUCAUACUGGGAGUAUUUGGCACUGUCCAGUUCCGCUCACGUUACAUCAUAGUGUAUGCAGUGUGGUUGGUGGUCUGGGUCGGAUGGAACUCCUUCAUCAUCUGUUUAUACCUGGAAGUGGGACAUCUCUCACAGGAUAGAGACUUCCUGAUGACAUUCAACACCUCCCUGCAUCGCUCCUGGUGGAUGGAGCAUGGUCCUGGGUGCCUGGUAACAGCGGUUCCUGACUCCCAAUUGGCUCCUCAGGAUCACCAUGUUAUAACUAUCAGUGGCUGCCUCUUAGAUUAUCAGUACAUAGAGGUGGUUAGUGCUUCCCUGCAGGUCUUCCUGGCUCUGUUUGGCUUCGUGUAUGCCUGUUAUGUGAGUAAAGUGUUCCUGGAGGAUGAAGACAAUUUGGAUUUCAUUGGUGGAUUUGACUCCUACGGCUAUCAUCCUCCCCAGAAGAACUCGCAUCUGCAGCUCCAGCCCCUCUACACGUGACAGUUUAGCGCAUCCACUGAACCUGGGUGAAGAAAGAGAGUUGGCACAGCACAACUCUUCAGGUCACUGUCAGCUCUGCCAUCGGGCUGAAUACAUUCGAAUAAACUUUAAAAACUGUA